GAAUGCACGUCCUCGAAAGCCACAGGAACCUCUUGAAGUUUAUGCUGCUGAACUCACAAAUCUAAUGACUGAAGCAUUUCCGCAAUAUGAUGCAACAGCACGCAGUUGUGAAAUUAUUCGCAGAUUUGUCACUGGCUUGGAUCCAUCACUUCAACUAAAAAUUCAUGAGCAUGGAGCUGUGUCUUUAGACACUGCAUUGAAAGUGGCCACUCAAUGUGAGCGUGCGCAGUUGGCCAUCAGCGUUGCUAACCCUUCAGCUGUUAUGCCUGUCAUGGUGACUCCACAAUCAUCACCUAACAACAUGUAAGCGUCUCACAUUACUGAACUAGCAACAGCUAUUGCUGAACUCAGAACCAAUCUGAAGACCUUACGUCAGUCUCACCUGCGACAAACUGAUGAACGUAUGGAUCGGCUCUCCCAGCGAGUUUCUAGUCUUCAGGACCAAUUGACAUCCUCCACACGCCUCCAACAUCCAACUUGUUCAGUUGUUGACUACAACAUCUCAUCACGUCGUCGUCAGCCUGAUUGGGAGGAGAAUCAUCACUGCCAGGACUGCUACAGUUCUUCACAGCGCACACAAAUAGGUCGUCAACAACAUUCACAUGAUGACUACUGCCCUCCUCAACUCCACCACGGCCAUUCUGUGAAUCAUGAAAGACCUUCGAAUGAUGACUGUUACGGUCAAAGACGUUGCAGUUUUCCCCCUUCCCACCCUAGUCGUGAGUCACACAUUUCUCACACCCCACAUUCUGAUCUACAAUCCCCUCACAGGCAUAAUUCCAAAAGCUCAAACCCGGGCUGCUCGCCUUCACGGGAGCACCGGCCCGAUUUUGAUCUUGAACAAAGACACCGUUAUGCUCGCUCACCUUCGCCUACCCCACGAUACACAAGUUCUAGUUACCACAGACACAGCUCUCAAUCGCCACCCUCCCAUUCCCAUAAUGUACAGCGGUAUAACGCAUCUCCCACACGACGGGUACAUUUCUCCCCACCUCGACAAGGGACGGGUCCGCAUCAGGGAAACAUGUAGAAGCUGUCAUUGAGGGCCUAAUGCCAGCUUCGUCCCUCACAAAGGUCCAAUCGCAUACUGUUGAUUUUCCUUCCGUUCCGCCUACGCCAUUCAUUCACAUUGUGUUAGCUGGUACUGAACUUCCCGCCUUGGUCGAUACAGGGUCAGGUCUAUCUAUUAUUACUGAUGAAUGCCGUAGGUCAAUUCCAGCCUUGUCCACUCAGCCUAUCAGUAAGUCGUUUGUGAUGGCAUCGUCCGUUACUGGACAGCUGUUGGACGUAAUUGGCUCUGUGACGGCCCCCAUACAUAUUGGAGGUGUCAAAUUCUCUCAUGUUUUCCAUGUCGUACGUGCGGCUACUCAUUCCGUUCUCAUAGGAUGGGAUUUCUUAAUCGAACACGGCGUCACUGUUGACAUACCACAUGCGCGCUUGCAACUUUACAACACUUCAGUGUCAUUCCUAUCGCCCCAGUCGCUGAUUCCGGUUCAAAGUUCCGCAGUCACUGUCGCUCAGGUGACUGUUCCACCUAUGUCUGAGAUGGUAGUUCCAGUUUCCGUCAAAGAAAAUGGGAUUGCGAACCCUUGCACGGACACGUAUGUGGGUAUACUGGAACCCCAGCCUCCCCAAGUUGUGACUUUAGGUGUUGCUCGCACACUAACAUCAGUCCACAAGAGUAGGGGUAUUGCUAGGGUUGUUAACCUGACUAAUGAACCUGUCGCUCUUGAUGCUGGGUGCCCGUUAGGUCAGCUUUACUCUAUUGUUGGCAAUGCACAUGACGAAUACGCAUUAGUUUCAGCCAUAACUGCGGAUGCAGAAACUGUCUGUCCUGUGCCUGAUGUACAUUUGGAGGAUACACAAUUGAAGGCGGUAGAACAGUCACAGCUUAAAAGCCUGCUGACAGAGUUUGCUGACAUUUUUAGUGGCCAUUCGCAUGACUACGGUAAAACCGACCUAAUUAGGCAUAGUAUCAAUACGGGUGACGCAGCACCGAUAAAAUUGCGACCAUAUCGAACGUCACCAGCCACUCAGGCUGUGCUACAACAAGAGGUGUCAAAGCUUUUGGACCACAACAUCAUUGAGGAGUCUCAGAGUCCUUGGUAGGCUCCUGUUGUGCUUGUUAGAAAAAAAGAUGGCACACAUCGAUUCUGUGUUGACUACAGAAGUCUCAAUGAGGUUACAAUAAAGGAUUCACACCCUCUUCCUAGAGUAGAUGAUACCCUUGACAGACUUUCUGGGGCUAAAGUAUUUAGCACAAUUGACUUGACGGCCGGUUAUUGGCAAAUACCACUUAACCCAGCUGACAAAGAAAAAACUGCUUUCUCUACUGGUACAGGGUUAUAUCAGUUCCGUAUGAUGCCCAUGGGAAUCUCAAAUGCCCCGCCCAGUUUUCAACGCUUAAUGGAACUUGUACUUCGGGGUUUGCACUGGAGUAUUUGUUUGAUUUAUCUAGACGACAUUAUUGUCUACAGUGCCGAUUUUCCACAGCACCUUAAGCACUUACGUGAAGUUAUUUUGCGUUUUCGUACAGCUGGGCUCAAGCUCAAACCAUCCAAGUGCCAUUUGGCACACUCUUCUGUAAAUUUUCUGGGCCACCGCAUUUCCAGUGCCGGUGUUGAGCCAGAUCCCUCUAAUGUAGACAAAAUUGAGACGUGGCCGCCUCCAACGUCAGCCACACAGGUCAGGGCGUUUCUUGGGUUGUGUUCUUAUUACAGUCGAUUUAUUAGACAAUUUGCACACACUGCUGAACCCCAAUAUCGUCUCACACACAAAGGAGUAUCAUUCUCCUGGUCAGCAGAGGCGCAAGAAGCGUUCAAUGUGUUAAAGCAGGCACUGACGUCACCACCAAUUAUGGCCUUCCCAAAUCUGUCUAUUCCUUUUCUUCUCUCCAACGAUGCAUCGCUUCAUUCAGUGGGCUCUGUACUUUCACAACAGGUGGAAGGAAAAGAGCAUGUUGUUGCAUAUGCUAGUCAUGUGCUGUCUGUUUCAGAGAGAAACUGGUCCACUUUUGAUAGGGAAUUGUAUGCCAUUGUGUGGUCAGUGCGUCAUUUCCGACACUACCUUGCUUGUCAUCCAUUCACUAUCAUUACUGAUCACAAGCCCUUGAUCGGUCUCAAGAAGCUUCCCUUGAAUCAUGAUCCUACCGGUAGACGAGCGCGUUGGGCUGUAGAGCUCGAUCUUCAUGAUUGGCACAUCAUUCAUCGUGAUGGAGUUAAACACCUUAACGCGGAUGCCAUGUCUCGUCGGCCAGAGACUGACUUGCCAGAACCUAGUGGUUCUCGGGAUGGCGCGGCUACUGUCUCUGUAGCAACUCAGACUGCGUCGUUGACUUUGAGUGUGUGUUCCCAGACACCACUCGUGAAUAAAACGUCUUCCUCUCCCACGUUCGCUCCGAAUCACACCAUGUCAAACCUUAUUCAGAUUCUGAGUGAUUGGAAUGUUUUGGAACAGCAAAAGUCAGACCCAGAUUUAGCUGUUGUGUUAUCCUGGGUUGCAUCAGGCCGUAA